CGCAAGGCGGCUCCGCCCCUGUCCUGCAGCCGGGCGCCUCGGGCCGCACGUCCGGCUUGCCGCUACCGCCGCCAUGGCCAAGCCCCUGACCGACCAGGAGAAGCGGCGGCAGAUCAGCAUUCGCGGUAUCGUGGGCGUGGAGAACGUGGCCGAGCUGAAGAAGGGCUUCAACCGGCACCUGCACUUCACGCUGGUCAAGGACCGCAAUGUGGCCACCCCCCGCGACUACUUCUUCGCGCUGGCGCACACGGUGCGCGACCACCUGGUGGGGCGCUGGAUCCGCACGCAGCAGUACUACUACGAGAAGUGCCCCAAGAGGGUUUAUUACCUCUCUUUGGAAUUUUACAUGGGCCGAACCUUACAGAACACCAUGAUCAACCUGGGCCUGCAGAAUGCCUGUGAUGAGGCCAUUUACCAGCUUGGACUGGAUAUGGAGGAGCUGGAAGAAAUUGAAGAAGAUGCUGGGCUUGGCAAUGGUGGUCUUGGGAGGCUUGCUGCCUGCUUCUUGGAUUCCAUGGCAACUCUGGGACUGGCAGCCUAUGGCUAUGGCAUCCGAUAUGAAUACGGAAUCUUCAAUCAGAAGAUUCGCGAUGGAUGGCAGAUAGAAGAGGCAGAUGAUUGGCUCAGGCAUGGAAACCCCUGGGAGAAGGCCCGCCCAGAGUUCAUGCUGCCUGUGCACUUCUACGGAAGAGUAGAGCACACCGAGGCCGGGGCCAAGUGGGUCGACACGCAGGUGGUCCUGGCUCUGCCAUAUGACACCCCGGUGCCUGGGUAUCUAAACAACACCGUCAACACCAUGCGCCUCUGGUCAGCCCGAGCGCCCAACGACUUUAACCUCAGAGACUUUAACGUUGGAGACUACAUUCAGGCGGUGCUGGACCGGAAUCUGGCCGAGAACAUCUCCCGGGUCCUCUACCCCAAUGAUAACUUUUUUGAAGGGAAGGAACUAAGAUUGAAGCAGGAGUACUUUGUGGUGGCUGCUACCUUGCAAGAUGUCAUCCGACGUUUCAAAGCCUCUAAGUUUAGCUCCAGUGAUGGUGCCGGAACUUCAUUUGAUGCCUUCCCAGAUCAGGUCGCCAUCCAGCUGAACGACACUCACCCCUCACUCGCCAUCCCAGAACUGAUGAGGAUUUUUGUGGAUAUUGAAAAAUUGCCCUGGUCCAAGGCAUGGGAGAUCACCCAGAAGACCUUCGCCUACACCAACCACACUGUGCUCCCUGAAGCCCUGGAGCGCUGGCCUGUAGAGCUGGUGGAGAAUUUGCUUCCUCGACAUUUGCAAAUCAUUUAUGAGAUAAAUCAGAAGCAUUUAGAUAAAAUUGCUGCCUUGUUUCCUAAUGAUGUCGACCGUCUGAGAAGGAUGUCUCUGAUAGAAGAGGAAGGAGGCAAAAGGAUCAACAUGGCCCAUCUCUGCAUUGUGGGCUCCCACGCUGUGAACGGCGUGGCUAAAAUUCACUCAGACAUCGUGAAGACCCAAGUAUUCAAGGACUUCAGUGAGCUAGAACCAGACAAGUUUCAGAACAAAACCAACGGGAUCACUCCAAGGCGCUGGCUCUUACUCUGCAACCCAGGGCUGGCGGAGUUAAUAGCAGAGAGAAUUGGGGAGGACUACGUGAAAGACUUGAGCCAGCUGACGAAGCUACACAGCUUCCUGGGUGAUGAUGUCUUCCUCCGGGAAAUUUCCAAUGUGAAGCAGGAGAACAAGCUGAAGUUUUCUCAGUUCCUGGAGAAGGAGUACAGAGUGAAGAUCAACCCGUCCUCCAUGUUUGAUGUGCAGGUGAAGAGGAUCCACGAGUACAAGCGGCAGCUCCUCAACUGCCUGCAUGUGAUCACCAUGUACAACCGCAUUAAAAAAGACCCCAAGAAGUUAUUCGUGCCCAGAACAGUGAUCAUCGGUGGCAAAGCUGCCCCAGGAUAUCACAUGGCCAAACUGAUCAUAAAGCUGAUCACUUCAGUGGCGGAUGUGGUGAACAAUGACCCCAUGGUUGGAAGCAAGUUGAAACUCAUCUUCCUGGAGAACUACAGAGUGUCUCUUGCUGAGAAAGUCAUUCCAGCCACAGAUCUGUCGGAGCAGAUUUCCACCGCAGGCACGGAAGCCUCGGGGACAGGCAAUAUGAAGUUCAUGCUGAAUGGGGCCCUGACCAUCGGGACCAUGGAUGGGGCCAACGUGGAAAUGGCCGAGGAAGCCGGGGAGGAGAACCUGUUCAUCUUUGGCAUGAGAGUAGAGGACGUGGCUGCUUUGGACAAGAAAGGGUACGAGGCAAAAAAAUAUUAUGAGGCACUUCCAGAGCUGAAGCUGGCCAUCGAUCAAAUUGACAAAGGCUUCUUUUCUCCCAAGCAGCCCGACCUCUUCAAAGACUUAAUCAACAUGCUGUUUUAUCAUGACAGGUUUAAAGUCUUUGCCGACUAUGAAGCCUAUGUCAAGUGUCAAGAAAAAGUCAGUCAGUUGUACAUGAAUCCAAAGGCUUGGAAUACCACGGUACUCAAAAACAUAGCCGCCUCAGGGAAGUUCUCCAGUGACCGAACAAUUAAGGAAUACGCUCGGGACAUCUGGAACAUGGAGCCUUCCGAUAUAAAGAUUUCCCUGUCCAGUCAACCUAGCAAUGGGGUGAACAAAGCCAAUGGAAAGCACUGUUUUGUCAUCCUCACCAUGUAGGAUGAGAAGGGGAGAAGACAGGAAUUUAACACUAGGAACAAGUAGAAGAAAAGCAUUCAGUUCCAGGAUUGUACAUUGGGAUUUCUCCUCUUCUAAGUUAAAGCUUUAGCAAAACAUGAGGUUUGCCCAAAAUACAAGAACGCCCUUUCUUUCCCUCCCGGGAAUAACAACUUCACAUAUAAUAAGCUUCAUACAGUAACUUCUUUUUCCUUCAGGCAAGAUUCUUCUGUUUACUCACACAGUUCAAUUAGUUAUUUAAUUUAUUCCUACAUGGUCUUUGAAAAUAGAGAACAAAAACACUGAAACACUGAAUUUGUACAGAAUUAAAAGAACCUCAUUUUUUUCCGUAAGAUAUUCUACCUUAUUUCUUAAUAUCUAGAAUGUUUUAAUUAAAAGACUAUAACAGAAAAAGAAAAUAACUCAAAACCCAAAAAUAAGAACUACCACAGGACAAAGAACUCUUUAUAGCAAUUUAUUUAUGUUUCCCCAUAAAUACAUGGCAUGGACAUGUGAUUAACAAGUUCGAUUAGCUUCCUGGUCAACCUCCUGUUUGUAAUUUAAAAAGGAUAUGACAUGAAUGAUGACUUGUUUCUCACUCUAAUAAAUAGUACUUCCCUCUCCCCGCCCAAAUUCUGAUCCCACCCACCCUGCCACAGUGACUCACUGUUACUCUUGAGAAUGUUAGAUCCCUCAAGUGUGUUGAAAUAGAAGAAAGGACUGAUAACGACUGCCUAUGUGUAGGCACUCCUAGGUUCUCCAACUGUUUUGGUUACACAGGGAAUGAGGCCUACAAUUCCUCCAAGGAAUGUUAGGCUAGACCCUCCAGGACCUUUCAAAGGUCCUGUUAUGUCCUAAACAACUCCCUUUAUAACAUCAGAGGAAGUACUGAAUUAGACAGAAGGAUAAUAUCAAAUACUAAAAAUUUGUAGAUACCUUAUCCCUAAUCCUAGUGCCCAUCUAAGAAUUUCCAUCUACUCAUUCAGACUUUUUGUCUACCCAUUCAAUCAGCUACAUGAUAGUUACCCCUAGAAUCCUGUAGGUAAUAGUAAUAAUGGACAUCUUUAUAUCAUUAAACUUACUUUUCAUCAUUGGGGAAGACUAUUUUGUCUUUCCUCAGGGCAUCCAUAAUUGUGCGUAAAAAUCCUGGAAGGUUCCGGUAAAUCUAUUUUUUUAAAAGGAAAAAAAUUAAAACAUGGCACAUAGCUAAGUCAUUUGCUAUAGUUUCUCACUAUGAACUGUAGCAAUAUCGAGAGUAGUGACUUUCUAAAUAUAAUAAACUUUUUUUUGAAAACAAAACUUAAUGAUUUUUAAAGUAAUUCAUGUCAUUGUAGGGAAUUUAGAAAAAACAAAAAGGAAGAAAGAAGAAACAAAUCACACAUAAUCCCACCAUCCAUACAUAAUCGCUUUUAACAUUUUGUUUUUACUUAUCUUUUUUCAGAAUAAAUAGCACCACUACCUUAUUUCUUCAUACUUGUAAAGGAGAAGUGAUAUGCAUAAUCUAAAAAUCGCUUCUGUGGUGAACUACAGAGUAGUUAAGUGGUUUAGUUGAGGAACGGAAUAUUCUGAUUAGUUGGAAAUCCUGGUAAUGUAUACAAUACAGAGAUAAUUGGUUUUAAAGGAUUUGAACAUUAUAAACUCUGUUGAAUAUGCUUUAAUGCUGCAAUGUUUUUAAAAGGCAUUUUAGGUUUUAACAAUGACCACAGGACUCCAAAUAUAACAUUUCCUCUUUAAUGGCAAAUUCCAGUAAAUAAAAUGCUAGCUAAAUAUCA